CGAAGUAUUCACACCAUCCAAAUACCGUUCAGUUAUUUUCUCUCUACACAAGUAAAAAGUUAAAAUCAUGUCCAGGACAGUAGGGAAUUUUAAUAUUGAAUAUCAGUUAAGAAAAGCAGCUGCAAUUUUGGGAAUAAUUCAAGGAUUCACAUGGAUUAUCCUAUCGGUGAUAUGUAUAGCUUUUUACAUUAAAAAACCGUUUUUUCCAUCAGUGAGCUCGUACAUGGACCAAAUAGGUUUUGUGAUGUAUAUGAUUUUCUUAUCACGAGAAACGGCGACUUUUCCACAUCAAGCCUUAAAGCCACCUGUAUUUUUUGGCUUUAUGUGGGUGUAUUUAGCAUUCAAUAUCCUGUGGGUUGGGUUUUCUCUAAGAAUUCUAAACGGAAAGACUUCAGGACUGGUACUUUCUAAUCGUCUUAAACAGUGGGCAGAAAUAACCCUUUUAAUAUCACUUCUUGACCUAAUUACAGUCAUCAUUCUCGGUGUAGAUUACCAUAAUUGUGUGAAUAUGUAUGGUGUACAAACGACUGCGCUAGAAGAAACAUGUGCUAAUGGAUUUUUGCCAGUACUUGUGAUUGCUGCAAAAGGAUUUGUUCUAUGGAUCGUCAAUGUUAUCUUUGGACAAGUACUCUACAAUAUGUCACGGCGUAUGAGGGUGGAGCAAAUUUAUGUUGCCAGUACAAUGGCUUCUUCCAUUAUGGUUCAACCGAAUUAUAGAGCUCCAGUAUAUCCAACUAGUCCGACUGCCUCAAACUGGAAUCCUGCAGGAUCACCGUAUCCACAAUACCAACAGCAAAUGUCUUAUUCAAACCGUUAGAAUAAAUGGUGAUGUGUUUUUUUGAGAUUAACACACAGAACAUAAUAGUGUAUACACUGUUGUUAACAAAGUGAUCUUGUGUUAUAUAUUUUUUUAACUAAGUAUUAGGAUUUGUAAUAUACUACAUUAUUAUUUAAUACAAGUUAUUGCUUUUAGCAAA